CUUCCCUUUCUAGAGCUGGGUGUGGAGACACGGUCACAUCACGAAGGAGGAGCACCAUCAAAUUCACAGACGGAGGAGGAGGAAGAGGAGAAAGGCGGUUGUAAAAAACCAGGAAAUACAAAAACUGCACCCACUGCACAUAUAACUACCCAUGCAACAAAAAAAAACUCCAGCACAAGUCAGGAGACUGACUGGAGGUUGUCAGCAGCCAGACACAUCUCAGCCACCCUCAGAGCAGCACUCUCCCUGGAUGUCAUCUCUGGAGGCAAAGCCGCUGUGUGCCUCUCAUCUGUAGCUCUAUGUAGAUCAUAGGAAGCCGCUCUUCACCUGGAAACCCUUGGAACAUGGACGUGUUCUGUGGAAGCGACGGGAAGCUAGGCUCCAAGUUCUGGGAUUCCAACCUCACGUUGUACACAAGCAAGCCCGACCUAACGCCAUGCUUCCAGCAGACGGUCGUUGCCUGGAUCCCCUGCAUCUACCUCUGGGUCAUACUGCCAUUUUAUACUAUUUAUUUAAAAUAUAACAGGAGGGGAUAUAUUGUGCUGUCGAUGCUGAGCAAAGCCAAGACGCUUUUCGGGGUACUGCUCUGGUGCGUGUGUUGGGCCGACCUGUUUUAUUCUUUCCAUAGCCUCAUACAGAACGAGCUUCUACCUCCAGUCUACUUUGUCACCCCACUCAUAGUCGGGAUUACUAUGAUCGCGGCAACAAUACUUAUCCAGUACGAAAGGCUGAGGGGUGUCCGGUCUUCAGGGGUGUUGACAAUAUUUUGGUUCCUUGCAACACUGUGUGGCAUUGUACCGUUCCGCUCCAAGCUCAUGUCUUCAAGCAGUGAGGGCAUCACGGACAGAUUCCGCUUCACCACGUUUUUUAUUUAUUUCUCUUUGCUUGUGGUGGAGCUUAUUCUUUCCUGCUUCAAAGAGGCGCGACCUUUCUUCUCUCCCAUCAGCUCGGACUGUAAUCCCUGCCCCGAAUCAGACGCGAGUUUCCUAUCAAGAUUAAUAUUCUGGUGGUUCACCAAGAUGGCUAUACUGGGCUACAAAAGACCUCUGGAAGACAAGGAUCUUUGGUCUUUGAAUGAAGAUAACACAUCUAAAAUAGUAGUGUCCAAACUGGUAAAAGAAUGGGAAAAAGAGAUUAACAAGAUAAGGGCAAGCGAGGUAAAGCUCCCCAAGACUGAGGAGGUAGAGCUUAACCAUGUGGAUGAAAAAAUCUCUGAGUGCGAUGUCCUGAUCGAGAGCACCAAAAAGAAGAUACAGCGUUCCUUCUUAAAGAUUCUGCUGAAGAUCUUUGGCCCUUUCUUUUUAAUCGGUUCCGCAUUGAAGUUGUUUCAGGACCUCCUGUCUUUUGUGAACCCUCAGUUACUAGGGAUUCUCAUUGACUUCAUUAACAAUGAACAAGCUCCAUCAUGGUGGGGAUUCUGUAUAGCGGCUUUGAUGUUCAUCACCUCUGUAACCCAAACAUUGUUCCUCCACCAACAUUUCCAGUAUAGCUUGGUCACUGGGAUGCGGCUGAGAAGUGCUAUCACUGGCAUCAUAUAUAGAAAGUCGCUGGUCAUCACAAAUGCCGCAAAACGUUCCGCUACGGUUGGAGAAAUUGUCAACUUGAUGUCAGUGGAUGCUCAGCGUAUCCAGGACCUGACCACUUACCUCAACAUGCUGUGGUCGGCCCCUCUACAGAUCUUCCUGGCACUUUUCUUUUUGUGGCAGACCCUGGGGCCGCCCGUGUUUGCCGGAGUCGCCAUCAUGGUUCUUCUCAUCCCCAUUAAUGCCUUUAUAGCCUUGAAAAUCAGGGCCUUCCAGGUGGAGCUGAUGGGGUACAAGGAUGCCAGGAUUAAGCUGAUGACUGAGAUCCUGAACGGUAUGAAGGUCUUGAAGCUUUACGCCUGGGAGCCAUCCUUCUCUCAGAAGAUUCUGGAAAUCCGCAGCAAAGAGCUCAAUGUCCUCAGAAAGUCAGCGUACCUGAACGCGAUAUCUACCUUCGUAUGGACCAGUGCACCAUUUCUGGUGGCGCUGACUACGUUCUCUGUCUACGUGUCUGUGGAUGACAAGAACAUUCUGGACGCAGAGAAGGCCUUCGUCUCCCUCUCUCUCUUCAAUAUUCUAAGAUUUCCCCUGAACAUGCUGCCCCAAGUCAUCACCAACAUUAUACAGGCCGCCGUCUCUUUAAAGAGGAUCCAGACCUUUUUGGGCCAUGAUGAGUUGGAUCCGGCCGCAGUCAACAAGGAGAAAUCAAUGACCGGCGUCGCCAUCGCGGUACAGAACGGGACCUUCAGCUGGGCAAAAUCCAGUGAUCCAGUGCUGAGCAACAUCAACUUGCUGGUCCCCUCCGGGUCCCUGGUCGCCAUCGUUGGUCAGGUCGGCUGUGGAAAGUCGUCGCUGGUGUCGGCUCUUCUGGGAGAGACGGAGAAGAUAGAAGGAGAUGUCUCUGUGCGGGGUUCGGUGGCGUAUGUUCCACAACAGGCUUGGAUACAGAACUCAACACUUAAGGAAAACAUCUUGUUUGGUCGAUCAGAAAAUGAAAAAAAUUACAGAAAGGUGAUGGAAGCCUGCGCCCUGCUGCCUGACCUGGAGAUGCUGCCGGGAGGAGACCAGACCGAGAUUGGGGAAAAGGGUAUUAAUCUGUCAGGAGGGCAGAAGCAGAGGGUGAGCCUCGCCCGCGCAGUGUACAGCAAUUCGGAUGUCUUCCUAUUGGACGACCCGCUCUCCGCUGUGGACGCUCAUGUGGCCAAGCACAUCUUUGACAAUGUGAUUGGUCCUGACGGUUUACUGCGCGGAAAAACGCGGGUCCUGGUCACACACGGGAUUACGUUUCUGCCCCAAGUCGACCAUAUAGUUGUGAUCGUGAACGGUCAGGUCUCGGAGACGGGAUCUUACCAGGAGCUGUUGGACCAGAACGGAGCUUUUGCUGAAUUCCUACGGAACUACUCGUUCGAUGACAUUGUGGAAGAGGAAGUACCGACGAUCCUAGAUGAGGAGGAGAUACUUCUGGCCGACGAGACACUCAGUAACCACACAGAUCUUGCAGAUAACGAGCCUGUCGCUAACGAGGCCCGGAAAAAGUUCAUCCGACAGAUCAGCGUCCUCUCCUCAGAGACAGAGCAGUCACACACCAUGUCAACGCGCAGAAGAUACUGUGAAAGAAAAGUGGCAGAAACCGCAGGAGCCAAAAAACCUCAGAUGGAGAAACUCAUUCAGGCGGAGACAGCAGAGACUGGGAGGGUUAAAGCCUCGGUUUUCUGGGAAUACAUCAAGGCGGUCGGACUCGUCGUCUCCUUGGUCGUCUGCUUCCUCUACUGUUGCCAAAAUGCAGCUGCCAUUGGGACCAACGUGUGGCUCAGCGACUGGACGAGUGAGGAGAUCAUCAAUGGGACGCAGCAGAACACAAAGAUGAGAGUCGGGGUCUACGCCGCACUGGGCUUUUUACAAGGUCUCCUGGUGGUGGCAUCCUCCUUCACCUUGGCCUUGGCAGGGAUUAGCGCCUCUCGGAAGUUGCACGCAGGGCUCCUGGAAAAUAAGAUGCACACCCCGCAGGCGUUCUAUGACACCACACCCACCGGUCGUAUCAUCAAUCGCUUUUCUAAGGACAUUUAUGUCAUCGAUGAAAUCAUUCCUGGCACCACUAUCAUGUUCUUGGCCAUGUUAUUCAUCUCCGUCUCCACCAUGAUUGUCAUAGUGUGCAGCACGCCUCUCUUCGCGGUGGUUAUCAUACCUCUAGCCUUCAUCUACUUCUUUGUGCAGAGAUUCUACGUGCCCACAUCCCGACAGUUAAAGCGUCUGGAAUCGGUCAGCCGGUCUCCCAUCUACUCUCAUUUCUCGGAAACCCUCACCGGUGCCAGCGUCAUCCGAGCGUUCAGACGCCAAAACAGCUUCAUUGUCUUCAGCGACAGCAAAAUGGAUGAAAAUCAAAAGAGCUUCUAUCUCGGCCUAGUGUCCAACAGGUGGCUUGGAAUUCUGAUCGAGUUUAUCGGAAAUUGUGUGGUCCUCUUUUCCGGUAUCUUUGCUGUGAUUGGACGAGAGAAUCUCAGUCCUGGUCUCGUGGGUCUCUCCGUAUCUUAUGCCUUGCAGGUGACAAUGUCAUUAAACUGGAUGGUGAGACUGUCCUCUGAUCUGGAGACGAACAUCGUAGCCGUGGAGCGAAUCAAGGAGUAUGCUGAGACGCAAACAGAGGCUCCAUGGAUCAUAGAAGAUAAUAAACCUCCGGAGGACUGGCCAAACAGUGGGGAAAUUGAGUUUGCAAACUACUCAGUCCGUUACCGGCCCGGCUUGGACUUGGUGCUGAAGAACUUGAGUCUAUCUGUAAAAGGAGGAGAAAAGAUCGGAAUCGUUGGAAGGACAGGAGCUGGGAAAUCUUCCAUGACACUUUGUCUUUUCCGGAUUUUGGAAGCAGCAGAAGGAAUGAUCAAAAUCGAUGGUGUGAACAUUUCUGAGAUCGGGCUGCACAGCCUCAGGUCUAUGCUCACUAUCAUCCCACAGGACCCAGUUCUUUUCUCUGGCACACUCAGAAUGAACCUCGACCCCUUUGAGAAAUACACCGAUGACGAGAUCUGGAAAGCACUGGAGUUGUCAAACCUGAAAAAGUUUGUUUCAAGCCAAACCGAGAAGUUGAACUACGAAUGUUCGGAGGGCGGAGAGAAUCUGAGUGUUGGUCAGUGUCAGCUCAUCUGCUUGGCCCGUGCUCUCCUCCGCAAAACUCGCAUCCUUGUAUUAGAUGAAGCCACUGCCGCCAUCGACCUGGAAACCGAUGACCUCAUACAAAUGACCAUCAGGAUGCAUUUUGAGGACUGUACGGUGCUCACCAUUGCUCAUCGGCUGAACACAAUCAUGGAUUACACUAGGGUUUUAGUCCUGGACAAAGGGAGAAUAGCGGAAUUUGACACCCCGACCAAUCUCAUCGCAGCCAGAGGAAUAUUUUAUGGAAUGGCCAAAGACGCGGGACUAGCCGCAUAGAGGAUUUUUGAUACUUUUCCUACAAAAUACAAAAAUCAGCUAUUUUCAGAGCACUCAAAACUCGGACUGUAAUCACUGGACUGACAUUUUAUAUAGAAGAUAAACUUUUAUUACCGAAAACAUUUGUACGAGCAAAAAAUAUAUUUAAAUAUUGUAUGAAAUACUGAGAACUGCAGGAAAAACGCAAUAAAUCCACUUUUUUU